AGUGCGGUCCUUCCGGAAGUGAAAGAGUUGUUGUGGAAAUUAGGUGAUGGGAAACACUUCGGGAAAAAGUUUAAGGCGGGGAACGGCUGACAAAUCCUCAUCGUCCUUGUCGUUAAAAGGGCGUGAGGAUACUGUUGAAAAUCUAUCAAGAUGGAUAACAGCCGAAAAAAGACGUACACAAGACAUACUUGAAGAAAAUUACGACGUUUAUAAACAAAGAAUGCAUUUACUGAAGCAUAUGUUCAAGCAACUUGAUCCAAACAUUAUGGCAACUGCAACGUUUGUAAAUCAUGGCGACCUUGAACUUGCGGUGAAGUACGACGUAUCCAGACGACAACUACUUGUAAAGAUAAUACAGGCGAGAGAUUUAAGGGCAAGGGAUCUCAGAGGAAAAACAUCUGAUCCUUACGUAAAGCUCUGGCUACAAAAGGAAAGAGGUGGUGAAGUAGGAAACGUGUACAAAACGCGUAUAAUGCCUAAGACUCUAUCACCAAAAUGGAACGAAAUCUUUUCCUUUCCAAUUGAUAAUAUGGAUUUAUUGGAUGGAACAUUCCUAAUUUUUCAAGUAUGGGAUAAUGACAUUACCGAAAGGGACGAUAUGAUCGGAGAAAAUGUCGUCUCAAUUUCUUCAAUGAAUAUCAGUUCUGGACGACAUGAAUUUAACGCUUGGUAUAGCCUAAAGGCAUCAACUGAUCUAAACAUUACUGGUACCGUCAGUUUUGAUAUAAGCUUUGAAAUGCCCGAUGUUCUUACAAUAAAAGUUCUUAAGGGUGAAGGUUUAACUCAAAAAUCCACUGACAGACUACCCAACUGUAGAGUUAAACUGCAGGUACCGGGCAUUGCUCUUUGUUUCGAAACGGAAAUCAAGGAGAAUACGAUAGAUCCCGUAUGGGAGGAGACAUUCGAAUUUCCGGUAACGCUUGAUCAAUUGUGUACCAAAUACAUCGUCCUGCAUGUUAUAGACGUCAGAGACGGGCAACAAAAUGAGACGCUCGGUCAGAUUAUCUAUGAUUUAGAUAAUAUUACUCCUCAUUCUGGAUUUAAUGGAACUAUGGAGCUUGCAGACUUGAAAAACUCGGAGCGUCUUCGUUCUCGUUGGUUUCAGCAUUUUCUUCUACAAGAAUUUCGUGAAUCUCUAACGGCUCAUGCAAAUUUUCAUCAGCCGUCCUUCCUCUUCAAAAAUUCUGAAGGAACAAAGGUACAUCUAUUUCCAAUAGAAUAUAAAGUUUUCGUGAAUAUCCUAUAGAUGGCGCUGCAUAAUCAGAUACCUUAUAGCCAUGUAUAUUAGCAUUGGGUUUUAUUACAUUAGCUUUAAAAUAAUUCAUUUCGCCCCCCACCCCCUCCUCGAUCUCUGCACCAUGCCUCCAAAAGUGUUACCCCCCUCUCUCACCUCCUUCUCUUCGAUUAGUAGAGGUGUAUGCGGGGAGAUGCGCAUGUGUUUCAAACUACCUCAUUGAAUUUAUUUGAUGCAGGCUUUUUACCUGACAAUAACUGAACCAUUGAUUAUACCCUGAUAUUUUAUAGUUUUUUAAUACAUCUGGCGUUAAUUUAAAUGUUAUGCUGGGGCUUUAGGACUAUGAGUAGAAAAAAGAAUAACAUUUGUAAAUUUGCUAAUUAAUGAUUCCUCUCGAUUUUUACUUUCUCUGUUUUAUUUAAAAAAAAAGAGAGAGAAACGAAAUAAAGAUAAAAAACAUCCGUGCGAACGUAACUACGGGAGGGAUGGAAAAAAGAACGGGCGGAGAAAUUCUAUCCGCCGCAAAGCCUCCGGCCAAUCAUUUUGAUGUGGCCAAUUAGCCAAACUCGACAAACUUUCGCCCUCUUUCAAAAUGACGACCUCUUGCAGCGUUUAGGCCGGAAUCUAUUUAUUUAUAGUUGAAUGUUUUGUUUGCUUGUUCUCUUUACGCGUCGUUUUAUUCUUGUCUCCAACUUGGUUUACCUCUCUUUUACGAAUCUACAAAGCCUAACAUGUUUUCAUUUGAUUUACACUAUUUUUUUCUACUAUACAGAACAUCAGAAUGGAGAGCUUGAAAGCGAAUUGUACGGCAAAUAUCAAAAUCGUCGAUGGAAUCCCUGUAUAUUGACAGGAGGAGGAUUAAAUGUAAUAAGGCCGUGUUAAAUUCUAAUUUCUUUCUCUUAGAGGUCUUCCUAAUCGCGUGUCUUCCUAUUCUUUGUAUGUUUUCGUUAUAUUCCGAUCACUUUCUUUUAAAGAGACUAAAUCUCGGCUGGUUCCGUUUAAUGUCAUUUUUUAUUGUUAUUUUCUUCCUUUAUAUAACUUAUACCUAUCUAUUUAUCUUUCUCCGUAGAAUAAAAUAUAUAAACGGAUUUGGAAGUUUAUUCUCCGUUUAGGAUUGUAGUCUAUAUAUUACUAUAUAAAUGAUAAGGCA